CCCUUUUUCCCCCUUCCACCUUGAACCACUGGGUUUUAUUUUCUCCCUCCUCCCCCCCCCCCCCCCCCCCCCGGGCGGCAGUAACGGCGGCGGUGGAGGUGAUAGUGGAGGAGGAAAAUUCGCAGGGAGAGACGGUGAAUGUGGCGACCGCCCCCAUCCUCCUCUCCUCCUCCUCCUCCUCCUCCACCACCUCGUCGUCCCGCAGCACUGCUUUCACUUUUGCCCCACCACGGAUUAUUUCUCUCCCUUCCCCGCGACCCUUCGUCGAUGGUGAUCUGAGACGAGCCGCCGGAGCAAAACCCCGGCGGAGAUUAUUAACGGGAGGCUGCUGCGUGGCUUGGAUUCGCCGUGUAGGCCUCUGUGUGUGACAGUAGCCGUAAUAAACCAGAAGCCAAGAAGGAGGAGGGGGGGGGGGAAACAUUUCCACAUCCUCCUCCUCUACCACCACCUAUUCAGCCGGGAUAGCACAGACAUGGCUUCGAGAAUCAAAGAACUUGUCAGCAGGAACAAGAGGAGAUACCAGGAAGAUGGAUUCGACUUGGACUUGACAUAUAUUUAUCCAAACAUCAUUGCCAUGGGAUUUCCAGCUGAGAGACUUGAAGGCGUCUACAGAAAUAACAUUGACGAUGUCGUGAAGUUUCUCGAUGCAAAACAUAAAAACCAUUACAAAAUAUACAACCUAUGUGCAGAAAGACAUUAUGAUGCUACUAAAUUUAAUUGCAGAGUCGCACAAUAUCCUUUUGAAGACCACAAUCCACCACAGCUAGAACUCAUAAAGCCAUUUUGUGAAGACCUAGAUCACUGGCUGAGUGAAGAUGAUAAUAAUGUAGCAGCAAUCCAUUGCAAAGCUGGAAAGGGACGGACAGGAGUAAUGAUCUGUGCUUAUUUGCUUCAUCGUGGCAAAUUUUUAAAAGCACAAGAAGCCCUAGAAUUCUAUGGCCAAGCACGGACUAUAGACAAAAAGGGCGUAACAAUUCCUAGCCAGAGGCGCUAUGUAUAUUAUUACAGCUAUCUUUUGAAGCACAGAUUGGAUUACAAACCAGUGGCAUUACUGUUUCACAAGAUGCAGUUUGAAACUGUUCCAAUGUUCAGUGGUGGAACAUGCAAUCCUAUGUUUGUGGUGUCGCAACUAAAGGUGAAGAUCUUCACUUCCUCUUUGGGACCGACCAGACGUGAAGAAAAGUACAUGUAUUUUGAGUUUCCUCAAGCUCUACCAGUAUGUGGAGAUAUUAAAGUGGAAUUCUUCCACAAACAGAACAAGAUGAUGAAAAAGGAUAAAAUGUUCCAUUUCUGGAUAAAUACAUUCUUCAUCCCACAACCAAAUGAGAACUUAGAUAAAGUAGAAAAUGGCAGCAUCGUUUCAGACAAGGAUGACGGUGGUUGGCGUACAGAUAAUGACAAGGAAUAUCUGGCCCUCACAUUGACUAAAAAUGAACUUGACAAGGCAAAUAAAGACAAGGCCAACAGAUACUUCUCACCAAAUUUCAAGGUGAAGCUGUUAUUCACAAAAACGGUAGAGGAACGACAACAACAUCCCAUGAGCAACAGUUCAACAACAGUAACGCCAGAUGUUAGUGAUAAUGAACCAGAGGACUAUAGAUACUCGGACACCACUGACUCUGAUCCAGAGAAUGAACCUUUUGAUGAAGAUCAGCAUACACAGAUAACAAAAGUCUGAAAUAUUUUUAUGGGAAAAUUAAAACUGCAAGAAAAAGGAAACACACUUGAAUAAACUGAAAGCAAGUACCUUUUUUAAUGGCAAUAGGACAAUGUGUCAAGUAAAAUGCUACACCAGUUAUAGGAACAAUGAUCUUUUCCUGACCAAUGUUGUUUAGCCCCAUACACAUACAUCCACGAGGUUUUGACACUGUUGUCCAAUGAAAAAUGAUUGCGUAGUUAUAUAUCUAUAUACAUUUUUUGUGUGAAAUGACGCACAAAAGCGCAAUCAGGAUAAAAGAGGCACUUUCCCGUUUAAUUCCAGUUUUAUAAAAAGUGGAGACAGAUCUGGUGUGUACGUAGGAAAUCUUUUCCUUUUAUGUUAUGUUGCCAACAGUAGGUGCUCAUUUACCUGUACAAAGGUUUAAGCCCUGCCCCCUUUAAAUCUAUAUAACAGUAGAUCAGUCUGUUAUCAGCCAGGAGGAUCUUUGAGAAGGUUUGCAUAAAAUGCAUGUUUUUUGGUGGGGAAAAGGGAUUUGAGAGAAUGCACAGAAAGGAAGGAAAAAAAAAAUCCAUAGUCUGGUUCCAGUACCACCGGCGGCCUUUUGCACCUUUUUGCGAGCCGUUUGGCCCGGCAGGUUGUGCAAUUGGCCGGUACUGCUGCUUGCUUUUUGUGCUUUCAAAGCACACUGGUGCUAGAAGAGGCAGCUGGAUUGAGAAAAAAAAAAUCUUUCUGGGAGGAGGCUUGAACCCUGGACAAAAAGACCCAAAAUCUGCUGGUCCACAGAUGGUCAGAUUGUGGAGUCUGUGUAGGGCAAAUUUUCAAGCUUUUUCCUUCCUUUCCUAAGGGAUGUUGCAAGAUGGUGUCCCUUGGUAAAAAAAAAAGGCUCAAUUUUAUAAAUGUGGCAGCAUGCCAGCUCAAAAUAUGACAGUUAAUGUAAAAAGGAGAAUUUUACGAUGAUUUAAUAAGUUAGCUAGAAUUAUUUUAAUUGGUGCUGCUCCACAUGUCCUUUGUAACCAAGGCCAGUGCUUGAAGUUGAUCACUCUUUUGUUAGUACUGUUUUGGACUAUAAGUCAGUAUCUAUAUAACUUAUCUUCAUUAUGUUUGUGUAGUUCUAGCUGUUUUAUUUCUAUUGGCAAGAUGCCUUCUUUCUCCACAUCUCAUAUUGGCAUUUGAUACUUGGUAAGGGCGAAUUUUGGAUUGGGAGUAUGCAGCAUGUUUAGGUGGCAUGUGUCAGGGACAUAAAUGUGUGUUGUAUGGAAGUAAACAGAAGUCACAGCCAAUGUUUCAACAGGGUAAACUGAUUUUAGCAAGGUCGUAGUAUGCACAGAAUUUUAACAUGAAAAUUAAGAGGUUUUGUAUUCAUAUUCUAGGAAGCUGUUUGUACCUUCCUCAUCUGUAACAGCAUGAAAUGAAGUCUCUUGUGUUCUGUUGGUUUAUGUGUUAAGCCAGUAGUUGUCGUCAUUUCCUGUGUUUGUCAGAAAAUAGAACUGCAUACUCCCACGGGGCCUAACCAAAUGAAGUGACGUAGCCAUGGUGAAAGUCUGUGAGAAAUCUUUCAUAUUCUCUUGUAAGGGACAGAAUCAAGGCUGUGUUUUAGCUAUGGAAACCUGUAUUUUACUGGAGGGUUAACGCAUUAAAUUGUACCUAUUAUUUUCAUUACUUCAGCACGAGAUUUAUUCUGCUUGGCCAUUUGGUGAUGGACAACUACAAUUACAAAAUUGCGUCUGGCUUGGGCUGGAAGUAACUUCCCAAAAAAACAUUUAGUGUUGGUUAGUGUCUAGAUGUUUCAGUUCUGGUGUCUGUUCUUGCUAUAAACCACAAAUCUUUUUUAAAAAUCUUUCUUUGUAGUGGUGCUUUAAAACUGUCUAAAGGCUAAUGUGAAGAGCAUGAGUUGUGCAGUGAAAGAGAGAUGGACAAAUGUAGCUCAAGAGGGAAGGAAUGCAGGUUUAUAGAUCAAAUUACAAGCUUCUGUUGACAGUUUUCUUUUAUUGAUGGAACUUUCCUUUUAACUUUUUUUAUUGAUUUCCCCCACCCCACCCCCCUUCAAAAUCCGUUCAUUUCUGUUGCUAAAUAACUGAACAUUUGAGACAUGCCACUUUUGAAGAGUUUCCUUAUGUAUAUCAUCUUUCAUAAAGACGUUUACCACUAAAUCUUAUUUUUAUAUUGAUAAUAAAAAGGAAAUUUUGACAACCAGGAGCAGGCAAUAAACGCCCGUUUGUAAAAGGUGCACACGAAACAAGUGAAGGAAAACUUUCCUGCCUUACAUGCCUUGGAAAUACUUAGCUUGGCUUCAGGCAAAGUAUUUAUACAGCUUUAUUUUCCCUUCAACAUUAGGGGGCAAAGUGGCAGCCCUUUCAUCUUCAAAACACUGACAAUUAGAUUCAGUGUCACUUGGAACGCUAAGGAGCUGGGGGUAAGAGCAGCUAAUAUUGUACUGGGCUUUUGCACUGUAAGAGUUUUUUUUUUUCAUUUUCUGUUGAAAAUCGAGGGUGUAUUGGGGUCCAUAAACAACUUUUCCAAACCUUCCAAAGGUUUGCAUGCUGAAGCUGGAAUAGGUGGCAAUAGUAUGUUUUCAUAUUCUUGUAUUGAUACCAUCCUUGUAGAGUCAGACAUACGUUACUUUGACUGAAAGUUGUCCAGUCUCUUUUUUUUAUUUAUGACAGUAUUCAUAACUGGUCUGGUAAAGACUUUCUGUAGAUUAUCUCUCUUGAGUUUCCAGACUAUAUGCUUAAUAAAAAACAAAUUCUUUGGAUGUGCAGCAGCUUAAUGUCUGAAAUUGUUUGUUGACAGCAUCACUGUAAAGGAAUUUAUUUUGGCCAUCUUUAGUCAUCUGUAGCCCCACUGAAUUAUAUUUGCCACGGUAAAAACACAAAGGGCAGUUGCAUGGGUAGCUUCAGGGGUCGUGCGCUGUGGCACAAGUUAUGGACCGAGUGGAUUUCACAGGCAACAUCAAAUAUCCAAGUUUCAGCUUUAAACCAUUCAUAAGGUGCCAGUGUUGAGAGUCCAUUUCAUUAGUAAUACCAGAUUUGUGCAAUAUGUUUAACAAAGCCUGUGGUUGCCACGAAGUGCCUCUUGUUUACUUAAAAUACUGUUCAAAAAUUUGUCAUCAUGCAUGCAGAUGGAGAAAGGUGGAACUGUGCACUAUAAAGGGGCUUCACUGCAGUGUAGGACAAUGCUGCCUGCUGCUCUACCUGUUCAGAUUUGGAUUUUGUUUCAUAUAAAAGAUGUAUACAGAAAUAUAUUUUCAGCCUGUAAAACAGCCUUUUCCAUUUCAGCCUGUUAAAGAUACUAUUGUGCUGUGCAGCUAUUUGCUCUCUGUGUAAUGCCAUGCACUGAGAAUACACAAAAAGUAAACCAACAAAUGUAAAUUGUACAGGUUAUCGAUGCUCAUAAAAUCCAAUGUCCAUUUGUUAUUGUAUGUGUUGUUUGUUAACAACCCUUUAUCUUACUGUUAUAAACUCCACUUAAAACCAAUUAAAGAUUAAAGACUCA